AUGGCGGACGAAGACAAAAGAAGUAACGGUGAUGGCGGGCGAGUCCACGUGGCGAGCCAUUUGAAUACGAUGGCCUCACAUCUUUACGAAGGUAUAAUUUCUAAAUUUAACGGUACCGACAAAACACUCAGCUCUUCUAAAUGGCUACUAGAUUUAGAUGAAAACGGCGAGCUAUUUGGGUGGACACCGGCACAAAAACUUAUCGUGGCGCGGCGUUGUCUGACGGGCAGCGCGGAGCUGUGGGUCAGGUCAGAAAAAGUAUUUAAAAGUUAUGAUGAUUUUAAAACGGCGUUAUUAAAGGAAUUUCCUGACUCAGUCAAUAUUAAAGAACUGCAUGAGCUACUGUCGGCAAGGAAGAAAAAAAAAGAUGAGACUUAUUAUGAGUAUAUGCUCGUUAUGAAGGAGUUGGGAAGGAGAGGAAAAAUCCCUGACUAUAUAGCGAUACAGUAUAUAGUUGAUGGAAUAAUUGAUUAUGAGUGUAAUAAAGCUAUUUUGUAUGGUGUCACUACAUAUCCUAUGUUGAAAGAAAAAUUGGCUAUUUAUGAAAAUAUGAAAAAGAAGAUAACAAAAAAUCGUCAGGAUUCACCACAAUUAUCAUCAAAAGAAAAAAAAGCCGAUUGUGCAUCGGUUCGACGCUGUUUCAAGUGUGGUGAAAAAGAUCACAUAGCAAGUAAAUGUAAAAAUGGUGUUAAAUGCUACAAAUGUAACGAGUUCGGCCAUAUUGCGACGUCAUGCGUUGAAGGGCGGGAUGGUGAGAAGUUCAACAAACGACAUGAAGUUGGCGUUAGUGAAGCUCGCGCGGCAAGAUGGCAGCCUCGCGCUAUGUACUUGAAGUCGGCAGCGAAUGCGCAGGCGACUUCCGGUGGUGAUGACGUCACAGCCAGAGAGCGUUCUGACACUACUGAUCAAAAUGGCGGCGCAAGCGACAGCUCUGAAAGGCGUAUCUGUCAAAGCUGUCAAUGUCAACAGGCGUUAAAUGUGAACAUUCAGUGUAGGAAUAAUAAAUCAGUGAAAUUAAUUGAAAUUGGUGGUUUAAAAGUUGAAUGUUUAAUAGAUUCCGGUAGUGAUCUAAAUUUAAUAUCGCAAGACUUGUUUUUCGAACUAAGUGUUACCUCCUACGUAAAGGAAAAUAUAGAAUUUACUGGACUUGGUGCUACAAAGAUUUAUUCAUUAGGGAAGAUUGAAUGUGAAGUAAAUUUUGAUGGACACUGCUUUAGUUAUAUAUUUUAUGUUGUGCCCAAAGGGGUUAUGCCUUAUAAUGUAAUUUUAGGUCAGCCAUUUCUUCAAAACACAAACCUUGUUUUCAAUAAAGGGGUAGUGAAUGUUUGGUCACAAGAGAAUGGUGGUAUGUCACAUUGCUUGUUUACAGGUGUUACCGAAGAACCAAUUGUGUAUGUGCCAGAUCAGAAGCUAAAGACUGAAGUGGAGGAUCUUGUGAAAAAAUAUUCUCCUGUUCAAACCAAGGAGGCACCUAUUGAGAUGCACAUUGUUAUGAAGGAUGACAUUCCUGUCGCACAGAGACCAAGGCGUUUGGCUAUCAAAGAACAACAGUUGGUAGAUAAUCAAGUAAGUGAGUGGUUACGUAACGGUAUUAUUAAACCUAGUUAUUCAGAAUAUGCAAGUCCUUUAGUACUGGUGAGAAAAAAGGAUGGUUCGACAAGGAUAUGCGUAGAUUACAGAAAAAUUAAUGCUAAAAUAGUUAAAGAUGAAUUUCCACUUCCAGUAAUAGAAGACCACAUUGAUAAAUUAUUAGGAGCAAAAAUUUAUAGUAAACUAGAUUUGAAAGAUGCAUUUUUCCACCUAAAAAUUAAUGAAAAGUGUACAAAGUAUACAUCAUUUGUAACCCAGAACGGACAAUAUGAAUUCACCCGAGCACCUUUUGGCUUAUCUAUUUGCCCUAACUAUUUUACUCGGUUCAUAAAUUGUAUUUUUAGGAACCAGAUUGCGGAGGAUGGAGUGCUGAUAUUCAUUGACGAUGUAAUAAUACCAGCGAUAUCUUAUAAGCAAGGAGUAGAGAAGCUAAGAAAAGUCCUGCAAAGAGCGGCUGAGUAUGGUUUGCAAAUCAACUGGCGAAAGAACAGAUGCAGUGAUUAG